AUGAGUCUGGUGUCGCGAAUGUCAGACUUCUUCGCGGCCUCAGACUCAUCGACCCUUGCGUCUUCGUCUUCGGUUUCGUCUGGUGCGGACGGGAGCAGGCUUGUUGAUGGAGGGAUGGGACUGGGAGGGCUAAAGGGCGAUGGCAGACUGAGGGUUGAGGAGAGGAUACAAAGUCGGCAUGGGGAGGAGGAUGUUCGACCGCCGUAUUUACAUUGUAUGCUUGCCGGUGGCAUUGGCGGGACAAGCGGUGAUAUGCUGAUGCAUUCGCUGGAUACGGUCAAGACGAGACAGCAGGGUGAUCCGCAUAUUCCGCCCAAAUACACCUCCAUGUCUUCGUCGUAUGCGACUAUAUUUCGACAAGAGGGCAUUCGGAGAGGUCUAUACGGUGGAGUGACGCCUGCGCUUUGUGGCUCGUUUCCGGGCACGGUUAUAUUUUUUGGUACAUACGAGUAUAGCAAGAGGUGGAUGCUGGAUGUGGGCGUAAAUCCGUCAAUAGCAUAUUUGGCCGGAGGGUUUAUUGCCGAUUUUGCUGCCUCGUUCGUAUAUGUGCCGUCCGAAGUAUUAAAAACACGACUACAGCUGCAGGGACGAUAUAACAAUCCGUUCUUCAAGUCUGGAUAUAAUUACAGAUCCACUGCCGACGCAUUCCGUACCAUUCUCCGAACAGAAGGGUUCUUUGCCCUCUUCUCUGGCUUCAAGGCCACCCUCUUCCGUGACAUGCCCUUCUCCGCGUUACAGUUUGCCUUUUACGAGCAGGAGCAGCAGCUGGCUAAGCGGUGGGUGGGACACAGAGAUAUCGGCUUCCAGCUGGAGGUCCUAACCGCUGCCACGGCCGGUGGUAUGGCAGGUGUCAUCACCUGUCCUCUCGACGUGGUCAAGACCCGAAUACAGACACAGCAGAACCCCGAUGCCGCGCCUACAACGAGGCCAACCGUCUCAGCCACCGGCGAAAUACAUAAACCAAGCCGUGUGCCAACAACAUCCACCACACAAACACGAUUCAUCUCUACCUCAUCUCCAUCCACAUCAACAGUCAAACCUGGUGCCGCCAUCCUGGACACAUCCUCGGUGCUAACGGGGCUAAAACUAAUAUAUAAGACAGAAGGCGUGGCCGGUUGGUUCAGGGGCGUAGGCCCUCGAUUCCUCUGGACCAGUAUCCAGAGCGGCACCAUGCUGGUGCUCUACCAGUACUUCCUCAAGCAACUCGAGUCAUAUCGACAGCUGAGCGAGCUCCGAAGCACAUCGAUAUGA